ACUAUUCACAAAUUAAUAUCAAGCACAUGAGCUAUUACGACAUUGCUUCCCUAAAUCCAUCUAUUUUUUAAACAGUGUAAGCAUCAUAACGUUGAAAAAGAAAAAUAAUCUCCAAGUUUCUCCGUUACCAUGAUGCAAUCUCCCAUCUUCUAUAUUUAUUUCUACACAAAAAACUAACAGUAACACACUUCUCUCUCUCUUUCUUAGAACGGCGAAUUUCUUUAAUCUUUAAUUACUUUCUCUAUCUAUACCUUUUGAGUAUGGAAUACGCGUAUUUGUCACGCAACAACGAGGCGAUCUUACUCCCAUCAAACAACGAAUUCAAUCAUGAAAAUCCUGAAUCAAACCAUGAAGAAGAUGCACCUUAUUUCAGGCAGUUUCAGACUCCUCUUCUUGAUGAAAUACUGCAUAACCACCAGCAGCAUAUGACAUACAGCACUGCAAACAAGCCACCACCAUCACCAUCCAAAACUAAACGUGCAAGAAAGCAAAGAAGUGCCGGUAAGAAAGACCGACAUAGCAAGAUUCAUACCGCUCAAGGCCUUAGAGACAGAAGAAUGAGAUUAUCUCUCCAUAUUGCUCGAAAGUUUUUCGGUCUUCAAGAUAUGUUAGGGUUUGAUAAAGCAAGUAAAACCAUUGAGUGGCUCUUUUGCAAGUCAAAGAAAGCCAUAGAUGAAGUCACCGAAAGCGUUAAGUCACAAAACACUACACGAAGCGCUUGCAACGAAAAUAUAGAGAGCUGUGAAUCGCCUUUAUCGGAUUGUGAAGUUCAUUCGGGGAUCGAAUUCGAUGCCGCCUCGAACAAAGGUAAACAACUUAAGGUUCAAGACGAGAUCAACGAUAGUGGGAGCUCCAAAACCGCCACGAAAAGCGAUAUAUUGGCAAGGGAAUUGAGGGGCAAGGCUAGAGCUAGAGCAAGAGAGAGAACAAGAGAGAGAAUGUUGAUCACCAAUCCCGAGAAAUCAAAGCAGAUGUUUGGAGCAAACCCUAAUGAUGAUUUGGACCAAUUGCAAUUAGGGUUUUCUUCAAACCCUAAUAAUAAUCAUUACAUAGAAGACUCAUCAAGUACUUCUCCCAAUGAAUAUUCUGGUACGCAUCACUUCUUUGACCACACACAGUUGAACAAUAAUAUUGCACAAAAAACUGAAGAUUAUUUGGGCACUGCGGCUGCAAGUUCAUCAACAUAUUUUUCCGGAUAUGGUUACAACAAAAGUUUUGCAAAUCCACCAGCUGGUUGGUUAAAUUCAAGCAAUACAUUUUUAGGUUUUCUUGGAGGUUGGGAUUCAGAGAACUUCACAGAAAACUAUGGAUUCUUGCCUAAUCUUGCUCCAUUGACAGGUGAUAUUCAUGGACAAAACUUCAGCUUUAUUCCUCCAUCUAAUCUUGUGCAUUUCAAAACUCAAAACCAAAGAGACUAACAAGAUUCUGGUUGAACAAUUGUUGUAGUGUAUUUCAAUACAUAACUAAAUCUUGUUUUUCAGUUAUCUUGCUACAUAUAUUUUUGUUUGAACAUUUGAUAAUUGGUGAUGAAUAAAUGGGGCAUCAUGUAUCACAAAUGAUGUCGGUCGUGUCGAAUUUAAUAGACAAAGUAGCUACUUUCAAGUUA